ACAUGGAGAUGGAAGCUGGAGAUACAGACGACCCACCGAGAAUUACUCAAAACCCUGUUAUCAACGGGAACGUGGCCCUGAGCGAUGGGCAUAACAACACAGAGGAAGACAUGGAGGACGACACCAGUUGGCGCUCCGAGGCAACCUUUCAGUUCACUGUCGAGCGCUUCAGCAGACUGAGUGAGUCGGUCCUUAGCCCUCCAUGUUUUGUGCGAAAUCUGCCAUGGAAGAUUAUGGUGAUGCCACGCUUUUAUCCAGACAGACCACACCAAAAAAGCGUGGGAUUCUUUCUACAGUGCAAUGCUGAAUCUGAUUCCACGUCAUGGUCUUGUCACGCACAAGCAGUGCUGAAGAUAAUAAAUUACAGAGAUGAUGAUAAGUCUUUCAGUCGUCGUAUUAGUCAUUUGUUCUUCCAUAAAGAAAACGAUUGGGGAUUUUCCAACUUUAUGGCCUGGAGUGAAGUGACUGAUCCUGAGAAAGGAUUUAUAGAUGAUGACAAAGUUACUUUUGAAGUCUUUGUACAGGCGGAUGCUCCCCAUGGAGUUGCGUGGGAUUCGAAGAAGCACACGGGCUAUGUCGGUUUAAAGAAUCAGGGAGCCACUUGUUAUAUGAACAGCCUGCUGCAGACGUUAUUUUUCACAAAUCAACUACGAAAGGCUGUGUACAUGAUGCCAACAGAGGGCGAUGAUUCGUCUAAAAGCGUCCCGUUAGCAUUACAAAGAGUGUUCUAUGAACUACAGCACAGCGAUAAACCUGUAGGAACGAAAAAGCUAACAAAAUCAUUUGGGUGGGAAACCUUAGAUAGCUUCAUGCAACAUGAUGUUCAAGAGCUAUGUCGAGUGUUGCUUGAUAAUGUGGAAAAUAAGAUGAAAGGCACGUGUGUAGAAGGCACCAUUCCUAAAUUAUUCAGAGGCAAAAUGGUGUCCUACAUCCAGUGUAAAGAAGUGGACUACCGGUCUGACAGAAGAGAAGAUUAUUACGACAUCCAGCUAAGUAUAAAGGGAAAGAAAAAUAUAUUUGAAUCAUUUGUGGAUUAUGUGGCUGUAGAACAACUGGACGGAGACAAUAAAUAUGACGCCGGGGAGCACGGCUUGCAGGAAGCAGAGAAGGGUGUGAAAUUCCUAACAUUGCCACCAGUGUUACAUCUACAACUGAUGAGAUUUAUGUAUGACCCACAGACGGACCAAAAUAUCAAGAUCAAUGAUAGGUUUGAGUUCCCAGAACAAUUGCCCCUUGAUGAAUUUUUGCAAAAAACCGACCCUAAGGACCCUGCAAAUUACAUCCUCCACGCAGUCCUGGUUCACAGUGGGGAUAACCACGGUGGACAUUAUGUGGUUUAUCUGAACCCCAAAGGGGACGGCAAAUGGUGUAAAUUUGAUGAUGACGUCGUGUCGAGGUGUACUAAAGAAGAAGCAAUUGAGCACAAUUAUGGAGGUCAUGAUGAUGACCUGUCUGUCCGGCACUGCACCAAUGCUUAUAUGUUAGUGUAUAUCAGGGAAUCAAAACUGAGUGAAGUUUUACAGGCUGUCACAGAUCACGAUAUUCCUCAGCAGCUGGUGGAGCGAUUACAAGAAGAGAAAAGGAUCGAGGCCCAGAAACGGAAGGAGCGGCAGGAGGCCCACCUCUACAUGCAAGUGCAGAUAGUUGCAGAGGACCAGUUUUGUGGCCACCAAGGAAAUGACAUGUACGAUGAAGAGAAAGUGAAGUACACUGUGUUCAAAGUAUUAAAGAACUCCUCGCUUGCCGAGUUCGUCCAGAACCUCUCCCAGACCAUGGGAUUUCCACAAGAUCAAAUUCGAUUAUGGCCCAUGCAAGCAAGGAGUAAUGGAACAAAGCGACCAGCAAUGUUAGAUAAUGAAGCAGACGGCAAUAAAACAAUGAUUGAACUCAGUGAUAAUGAAAACCCUUGGACAAUAUUCCUGGAAACAGUUGAUCCCGAGCUGGCCGCUAGUGGAGCGACAUUACCCAAGUUUGAUAAAGAUCAUGAUGUAAUGUUAUUUUUGAAGAUGUAUGAUCCCAAAACACGGAGCUUGAAUUACUGUGGGCAUAUCUACACCCCAAUAUCCUGUAAAAUACGUGACUUGCUCCCGGUUAUGUGUGACAGAGCAGGAUUUAGUCAAGAUACUAACCUUAUCCUCUAUGAGGAAGUUAAACCGAAUUUAACAGAGCGAAUUCAGGACUAUGACGUGUCUCUUGAUAAAGCCCUGGAUGAACUAAUGGACGGUGACAUUAUUGUGUUUCAAAAGGAUGACCCUGAAAAUGAUAACAGUGAACUGCCCACUGCAAAGGAGUACUUCAGAGACCUCUACCAUCGCGUUGAUGUCAUUUUCUGUGAUAAAACAAUCCCUAAUGAUCCUGGAUUUGUGGUGACAUUAUCAAAUAGAAUGAAUUAUUUUCAGGUUGCAAAGACAGUUGCACAGAGGCUCAACACGGACCCCAUGCUGCUCCAGUUUUUCAAGUCUCAAGGUUAUAGGGAUGGCCCAGGUAACCCACUUAGACAUAAUUAUGAAGGUACUUUAAGAGAUCUUCUACAGUUCUUCAAGCCCAGACAACCUAAGAAACUUUACUAUCAGCAGCUUAAGAUGAAAAUCACAGACUUUGAGAAUAGACGGAGUUUUAAGUGUAUAUGGUUAAACAGCCAAUUUAGGGAAGAGGAAAUAACACUAUAUCCAGACAAGCAUGGGUGUGUCCGGGACCUGUUAGAAGAAUGUAAAAAGGCGGUAGAGCUCGGGGAGAAAGCAUCAGGGAAACUCAGGCUGCUAGAAAUUGUAAGCUACAAAAUCAUCGGUGUGCAUCAAGAAGAUGAACUACUAGAAUGCUUAUCUCCCGCAACGAGUCGAACGUUUCGAAUAGAGGAAGUACCUUUGGACCAGGUAGACAUAGAUAAGGAAAACGAGAUGCUCAUCACAGUGGCUCAUUUCCACAAAGAAGUGUUCGGAACGUUCGGAAUCCCGUUUUUGCUGAGGAUACACCAGGGCGAGCACUUCAGAGAAGUGAUGAAGCGGAUUCAGAGUCUGCUGGACAUCCAGGAAAAGGAGUUCGAGAAGUUUAAAUUUGCAAUUGUAAUGAUGGGCCGACACCAGUACAUAAAUGAAGACGAGUAUGAAGUAAAUUUGAAAGACUUUGAGCCACAGCCUGGUAACAUGUCUCAUCCUCGGCCUUGGCUAGGGCUCGACCACUUCAACAAAGCCCCAAAGAGGAGUCGCUACACGUACCUUGAAAAGGCUAUUAAGAUCCAUAACUGACUUCCUUACCCCCAUGUGUCCGAGGCGAGGGACGGUGCGUGGGUGUGUGCCCCUUUUAACAGCGGAGAACUUUGGCACACACGCACACUCUCCGGAGUCGUCAGCAAAAGGAUUUGCUGCUGAUGUUAAUUUUAUUUUGGUUGAGGCUGUUCAGUUUGGCUUCUCUGUAUCUAUUGACUGCCCUUUUGAGCAAAAUGAAGGUGUUUUUAUAAAGCUUGGAUGCCAAUGAGAGUUAUUUUAUGGUAACCACAAUGCAAGGCAGCUGUCAGCGUAACGGGGGAGAAGGUUAGCAGAGCGCAGGUCCCGGCGGAGGGCUCUGGGCUGUUUCUAGUCGGCAUGAGCGGCCUGGCUGCCUCACGCGGUCCUGCGCACCAGCCUGCAGCUAGAAAGUCUUGUGUUUAGGCUCGUCUGACCUAUUUCCUUCAGUUAUCCUUUCAAUGACCUUUUGUGCAUCUGUAAAGGCAAAACAGAGAAACUCACAACCUAAUAAAUAGCGCUCUUUCCGUCA